CCAUUCUUCAUUCUUCAUCUCUCUUUAACUACUAUUUCUCAGGUAAAACCUUUAAAAAUUGCUUGGCAUCGGGUUCUUCACUACCUAGUAUUCUAAUCACCACAACGUCAUGCGCUUCUCCAGGAAGUCCACGUCUCUUUUACUGCUAUUGGUUGCGCCCCCUUUGAUCGCGGCAGCGAACAGUCAUGUUCCAAUAGAGUAUCCAGAGGGAGCCUCAGCAGUAGGAACUAAGAAAGAUGUUGUUACCCAUCCACGUAAUCCUAAGGCACCAUACAAGAUUUCGGACACCCAGUCAGGAGCUGGGGCAUUAAGAUCGAAGGCAGAGGGCACAGCAGAUGCGCCUGUUGAUGGUCUUGAUGGAAAGCCACAUGACGGUCCGGGCUUGCACCCAGGAUCAAAGGAGAAGGGGUCAGGAGAGGUUGGAGUUUCCGGUGGUGGAGCUAGUGUUGACAUCAAGAAUCCACCGCCACAUACUGGUGAGCACGAGAUUGUUGAGAUCGAGGAACCGGCAGAGGGCGAUGAUUCAGCGAUCAAAAACCCAAAGAGCAAGAGCAAGGACGCCAAGGAUGAUCCGUCAACUCCCAAGCCACCGGUGCCCAAGACUGGCCAUCAAGAAUACACAGGAUCACAGGGCGAUACCAUUAAGUAUGGCGGACCUCCGGUUAAGAUCCCGAAACACCUGAAGCCCGCCGAGUUAGAAGCUGCAGAUUUAUCUGGCAUCUCUCAACCUUUCCAUUCCUUCACUUUGUCCUUCAUUAUGAUUAUCUUCUCAGAGAUUGGUGAUAAAACAUUUUUGAUUGCGGCUCUGAUGGCAAUGAAACACCCCCGAGUACUGGUAUUUACAGCGGCUCUCGGCUCUCUGAUUGUCAUGUCAAUUCUAUCGGCAGUUUUAGGUCAUGCCGUUCCCACAUUAAUUCCGAAACGGUUUACCAACUUUCUUGCCGCUGGUCUCUUCCUUAUCUUUGGGGUACGCAUGGUAUUGGAGGGUCUUAGAAUGGAAAAGGGCACCGCCAACAGGGAAGAGUGGCUCUGGGAAAGCGCGAAUGACAUCCUUGGAAGGAAUUCAAAACCUUGCCGGGUUACUACUGUCGCCCGCCCUGGGUCCAAACAUUUUGUAAUGACUUUCUUGGGAGAGUGGGGGGAUCGCAGCCAGAUUGCUACUAUUGCUAUGGCUGCCGGACAAGAUUACUGGUACGUUACUAUCGGAGCUAUCUCUGGACAUGCCAUUUGCACUGGUAUCGCAGUGGUCGGCGGUAGAAUGUUGGCAAGCCGCAUUAGUGUCCGAAAUGUAACCUUGGGUGGGGCUGGCGCGUUUUUGGUUUUCGGUAUCAUAUACUUGUGCGAGGCGUUCUACUUUUAGGGAGAGGGAGAAGGUGGCGAUACUCAAUUGUUUAACUGUUAGAAAGCGGGGGGCAAAAAUGAUACAACCAUUCACUUCUGAAGGAGAUCACUAGGGACCUGUUUUAUGUUUAAUUUUGAAUUGGCGUUUUUUCUUCUCCAUCUCUUAGGUUUUUCCUUUCCUUUCCCUUCCUUUCCCUUCCUUUCCCUUCUUUUCCAAAGCCUUCUUUUCCAAAGAAACUACAUCUUCUAACAAAAGCCUAUUGCCUACAUUAUCCUUUCUAAUUCGGACCUUAUCGUUGCUCCCGCUCGUGGCCGGAACUGUUUUUAUUUAUUCAUUUGGUUUCUGUAUUAUGUAUGUUUGCCGUCAUAGACUUGUAGGUACCGAUGGGACGGGGCGGGAUGGAUUACUGGUGUACGGAACGGGUUGGGGGGCUAGGGAUAUAAAAAGGGAAGAUGGGCUAUCAUACGAUGUAGUUGAUUGAGCAAACUGAGUAUGGCUGUG